UACGGGUUACUCCCCUUUUGAACCCGCUCUUCAUAAAUUACAACUAUUGAUCUGACAGGAUGAAGUUUUACGCCUUACUUAUUGCAAUUUUUACUAUAGAAUCAGUAUUUACAGAGAAGGUCCCAAGCGCUCCACCCACCCUACAACAGACAAGCUUCGAGGACAAGAGAUGCAAGUGUGUGUGUCCGAAGCUUGUCUCCAAUGUCACGAAAAACGACCAGAGUGUUUACAUCAAAGAUAUACUUGAUCCUGAGGACUGUAAAUGCAAACAUGUGGUGACCAAUGCUACAGAUGAACUGUGUGUUCAGUGCGAGUGUAAAUACGAGGAGCGCAACACAACUACAAUUAAGGUUGUAGUGAUCUUCAUCAUUUGUGUGGUCUCGUUGCUGUUUGUAUACAUGCUGUUCCUGUUGUGUCUGGAUCCGCUGAUCGCACGACGUCCCACCCAGUACCAACAACAGACCAAUGAGGAGGUGAAUUUGGAUGACCACUUGUCUCAAAUGACCAGUCGGCCAGAGCUGACCAGACAGCGGUCAAUUAUAAACCGUGUGACAGACGAACAAAAGAAGUGGAAGGGGACGGUUCAAGAACAGAGAAAGACAAUCUACGACCGCCAUGCUCUCCUCAACUAAAACUCAGUCUUCUACGACAGAUGUACGCUUUUGUCAACAACAAAAAUUUCGUCUCUCAUGCUUAUGGAGUUCUGAUUGACAAGUCAGGAUGGUUUCAAGAUAACUUUUUUCCGUAAAAGUAGCAUAUUGUGAACUAGGGGUGGUAAUCUUGGUGUGAUACACUUGAAUCACGAUACAAUAAUAUGUGUGGUGAUAUUUGCUAUAGGUUAUGAUGCCUAGGUACCAAGUUCCACUCUCGCUUACCGUAUACGGGGUAAACAUUUCGCCAAAGUUUAAAUUUCCCCCUUUUCUGAUAUCCAAAAUGAGGGCAAAUGCUGUAUCAUGGCAUCGAAAAUUGGUGAACGGCAUACCAUUUACCAGUAUAAUCUUUACAUGUGAAGAUCAAAAUUAAUAUUCAGAUGAGAGGGGUAUAACUGGUGGAGGACGAAAGUUGAAUUGGACAAAAAAAUACCAUCUCCAUGUACACUUUAUAGUAAUUUAUUUUGGCGUUGCAUGCGACAGGUUGUUGGUAAAUUAGUGUUAUAAGGUGUCCAGAGGAAAGGGGUUUGUUGAUAUAUAUUGAAAGAAAGAAAGAAAUUUGGCAAUAUAAAUCGGUUUGUCAAUACAUUGAAGAAGAUGAAUACCAGGUAGAGAAAAUGGUUUUAAAAAAGGAGAAUGGAAGCUUGAAAUCAAUUGGCAUUAAUAAGCUAGGUGGUAGAUAAAAUAUAUCAAAGUUGUCCUGUAAAUGACACAGUAUACAAAUGCAAUGCCAUUCUCUUUAUGGCUAUAGUAGGUGAGGGGAAAAAACACCAACUUGCACAUGGAGCCCUUGCAUUGAUAGUUUGCGCGCCCUACUUUUCCACAGGGUUAACGGAAAUGAUUGGUUAAUGUAUAAAUUAUACAAGAAACUAUGUUUCCAAGUGUAUUUUAGCUGAUUCACCCCUGAAGACACAUUUGAACUCUUCCAAUUUAAAGGUUGGAAUAGUUCAUCAUGAAAUUUUAGGGGUGGAUGAGUUAACCAAUGUUAGAAUUUAGUGCUUUAAUUGAGGUAAUACUUUCCAUUGAAAGAUGUUAAAGGAGUUAUUAUAAGGUUAAUGUUGUUUGUUGACAGACCUUAGAAUUGGUAUAUGUUGUAUGUUGAUAUGUCAGAAUUUGUUGCUGAAAGGAAGUGAAUGAUGUAUUUUAACCAAGGUUAAAAUCAGGCGCUAUAUAUACCGAUGUUAGUAUUGUCAGGUAUGUUAGACGGUGUUCAAAGAGUCUUAAACUUGUGAUAAGGUUGUAAGGUAGAUAUAUAUAUGUAACUGUUGAUGUGAACGUGUGUCAUAGUGUUGAAAGAUAUACUUCAUUGUAUAAUUUGUAUUUGUUUACUCUCGGUGGCCAAGUGGUUGAGGCGUCUGACAUUCUGCUACCACUAGCCCUCCA